GACAACCAAAACAUCAAUAGGCGCCCAGGAAAAGAGUUAAAUUUUUAGCUCAAAGAUUGGUGUUGCCACGCAAGUUAUGACUGUUGGCGAAAAACAAGAAGAAAAACUUCAAGUAGAAAAUGAACCUGAUAAUGAACAUGAUGAAGACGAAUCACAAUCGGAGGAAAACAACCAGUCAUGCUGCACUGAUUAUUUGGCAAACGUGAACAGAGAGCGACUUGUAUCCAAACUCUUCUAUUUCUGUUUCUUUUCGGCGUUUGGAGCGUUAUGGCCAUACCUUGCGCUGUAUUUCAAACAAUUAUUCAUAUCGCCUCGACAGCUUGGUAUUCUAGUGUCUAUACGAUCAUCUUUGCAAUUUAUUUUUACUCCGAUUUGGGGAGCCUUUGCGGACAAAUAUCAUAAAAGCAAAUGUGUGUUAUUGAUUGGUUUAUGUUUUUGGUUCAUAUCAACAAUAUCCAUUGCUGUCAUUCCUAGUCAUGAGAAGCCUACUGCUUGCUAUAAGAUGAACUCAAUAACUCUUUACGCUAACACUUCUGCUAACAUAUCUAUCGCAUCACAGUUGGAGAAGCAGAGAUCAACCAGCGGUCAUGGAAACGCAAGAUUAAUAGACCAUUACAUUCCUUGGGCGCUGGGAUUUUUCCGAUCUUAUGAACCCGAGGAAUCAGUGACAUUUAAAGAAGUUCCUUUUCCUAACUUCAAAACUCAUCCGUCUCCAGAACCAAUUGCGGAUUCUUCCAGGCUGUUUGUUAGCCUUUUGUCAAUCACUGUAGUAGGCGUUAUGUUCGCAUCACCUACACAAUGUCUCGCAGAUACUGCUACCAUUCAGUUACUGGGGAAGGAUACCCAUGAAUACGGCAAGCAAGCCAUGUGGGGAUCUGUUGGUUAUGGACUGACAGCUUUCGUUGUAGGUGCUUCAGUAAGCGGACAAAAACAUUAUAAUCCAUGCAGCAAGGAGAUGAAUACUAACUUUAUUCCUUGCUUUUACGUUUUCGCGGUGUAUAUGCUGUGCGCAAUCGCAGUGGCUACUCGCUUCCAGUACCAACCCUCAAAAGGCGAGGGAAAAUGCAAGCCAAGUAUUUUAGCAGGCCUAAAAAUUCUUAAAAACUUUGAAUACGCAUUUUUUAUGUUUGUGGUAUUCUUCUGUGGAACAGCGACGGGUUUUAUUCAGACUUUUCUAUUUUGGCACUUGAGAGAACUCGGUGGAGAACAGAUUCUUUUUAGCUUGAUAACCAUCACUAACAGCACUGCUGAAGUGUUGACGUACUUGUUUUCAGAUCGAUUCUUGUCGCAUAUUGGACCUUUCAAAGUGAUAUAUGUUGGACUGGUCUGCUAUGCUUUGAGAUUCUUUUACUACUCGUACUGUAGCACACCUUGGUUGUUUUUACCUAUUGAACUUAUUCAAGGCAUUACAACGGCAGCCAUUUGGUCGUCGUUUGUCUCCUAUGUUGGUUCCAAGCCGGGGCUAGCAUCGACAUUACAAGGCCUUGUCAGCGGRUUUUACACUGGCCUCGGCUAUGCCACGGGAGGAUUUAUGGGCGGUCUUAUGGUGCAUAUAUUUGGCUCUAGUACGUCGUUUUUAGUAUUUGGUGAAAUAAGCCUAAUUGUGCUCUUUAUGUUUAUUAUUGUAAACAAUGUACGAACCCCAGACAACCAACCUUUACCAGUAACAGUACUAAAACAAACAAAAGACUACGUUCCAAAGACAAACAAUGAAAACUAGGGUUACUCAUAAAUGCAUGCGUACAUAUAUUAUAUACAUGUGCAUGGGGCAACGGUAUAGACUCCUUAGAUGUGAUUUCAGAGCAGCUUCAUCUUGAAAACAAAACAAGAGAUUUAAGYUCUCUAUCAAGSCAGAAUCCAUUGUUUUGUCCUAGAUGAAGAUACAUUYUUGUGCGCAACAAGGGGUCUAUACGAAAUGUUUUUAAUAUUUUUUUAUGAAAAUAUAAUUUCAAGAUAAAUCGGAAUAAAGAAGUUCACAAUUUUCRUGGAUGACUAUUUGUAAAUAGAGUCCGAAAAAACUAUAUUUGCAUAUAUGCAUGGAUUCAUAGUCAGUGAUAUGCAUGCAACACCAUGGGGAGAUUUUCUUUGUGCAAGGGAGUCGCCUCCGGAAUCCAUGGCCAAACGUGAAAGAAUGCUAGGAUCUAUAGCUAGCUAUAUACUGUUGUCUAUAAUUUGGUCGUGCCCUGCAUGUUAUAUACAUGUCUUCAUAUAAAAGAAUAUUUUAUUCGGCAUAUCAAGUAAAAACGAAAUUGUAAAUGCAUGUCAAAGGAUAUGUGAUUAAYUUAAAAGUUGAUACUAUUUAUCAUCAUC